AUGUAUGGUAAACUAGCAGUUAAUCCAACCACGGGAAAGAUUCAUCAUUUGAAUAUUCUUAGUAAUAGAGGAGAUCAAGGGAAAGUGUUUCAAAUUAAGGAAACCAGUGAUGGGUUAGUCGGUGAUACUAACGAUAUCCCCCAUAAAACAACAUUUGGUAUGUCCAAUUCUUUGUACAAUAAACCAUGGGAUAAAGUCAAGUUAGGAGAAUCUUUAUUGUCCAACUUAAUCAAUGAGUCCAUUAAAAAGAAUUAUAGUCAAGACAAGUUGGUUGAACAUUGUUUCAAAAUAUUGUCGCACAAUACAUUCCCUGAAGAAAUUGCUGAGGGGAACGAUUUUGAUAAGAAAUUUGAAUACUUAAAAUACUCCAUAUUCAUUCCACCAUUAAUUAGGUAUCAGAAUCAUGAAUUACAAGACGAUUGUCUUUCCAUUGGUAAAUACUACGGUACUAGGACUCAGACAGUUGUAUUGUUGGAUAAGUUUGGUAAUCUUAACUAUUAUGAAAAAAAUCUUCAUAAUUCCGACGAUCUUGGUGAAAAAGUUCUUGAUAUCACUUCUCAUUACAAGUUUAAUAUAUUUUACGAAAAUGGGUGUUAA